GGCGCUUAAUGCGAAGACUUAAACUGGGGUUGUCCUUCCGGGACGGUUAUCUUCGUAAGUAACGCGCGUUUGGCAUUGGCCAUCGAUUACCGGCCGAGACAUAGAAGGCGUCUUGUCAUGCCCACUAGUUACCUAAUCGACGGCGUACCUGGCUGCUGGGACGGGAGGGGUGGACGGAGGCGUAUAUCAUUUAUGCUAGAGAACGAGACAAACAAAGCAUUUCAACGUCCAACGCCGAACAUUAUUCCUACUCCAUUCUCUCACCUUGCUCUUUACCCCUAAGUCGACAAAGUAGUAGCCCACUUCACAACACCAAUCACCUAUCGCAAAUUGCCUAUACCCAACACCUUUGAGUAAUAUAUUCAUAAUGGCUUCGUUCCUCGUGACGGGCGCCUCUCGGGGCCUCGGACUAGCUCUUGUCCGCCAACUUAUUUCCCUCCCAGCCACAGACGUCGGCCAAGUCUUCGCAACCGCACGAGGAGAUUCCCGCGCGCUGGAAGAGCUCGAAAACAGUUCAUCUGGCCGGGUCAUUCUUGUCAAACUCGAUGUCACCAACGAAGCAUCCAUAAAGCAAGCAGCAGCCGAGGUCGAAGCAAAACUAGAAAGCAAAGGUCUAGAUGUCUUGAUUAAUAAUGCCGGAGUGUGCCAUUAUGCUCCCGAUGGGGUUAAAUCCAUGGAUAAUCUCGCAGAAAGCUUCACUACUAAUGUCCUCGGCGUCCACUGGGUGACCCAAGCAUUUCUUCCGCUUCUGCGGAAGGGAAAGGUGAAAAAAGUUGCCAACAUCGCAUCCUACCUAGCCUCUAUCACGCAAGCUCGCGCGGCACAUUACUUCCCCGCCCCAGCUUACAAGAUUUCAAAAGCAGCCAUGAAUGCCCUUACCGUCCAAUACGCCAUCGAUCAUGAAAAGGAAGGCUUCUCAUUCAUGGCGGUCUGUCCCGGCUGGAUGAAAACUGAGUUAGGUGGCGGCGACGCAGCAGACUUAACCCCCGAGGAGGGUGCCAAGGCCUCGCUGGAUAUCAUCCUCAAACCGGGGCGGGAGUACAAUGGGAAGAUGCCGAAGAUUCUUGUCAGGGGGUGGGAGAACGCUCCGGGGAAUAACCAGUACGAUGGGACUAUUGUUCCGUGGUGAUUUUCGAUUUUGUAUGCUGGCACCCGUUCAGCUGUUGACGACUUGGAAUUCUGCCAACAGAAUAGCAAAACCUGGGACUCCCAAGGUUGCGUACUUGUUGGUCAUGCAGCUUGUGUAGCAGACAUAUCGGUAGGCAACUAGUAACAUUGAAGGUUUUGAGCCUUCAAUGUUGGAACUGCAUGUGGGCGAUUUUGUGGCUCGAAAGUUGAAGAUCCCUGGAUUCGCUUGAUUUUUAACAGGUAUAUAUUCAAGUAUACAAUAUUUCAGGUUUCAUUACAUAGGUAUCGUCAUCAUCUGCAGCAUUAGAUGGAGAUAAGAGGCUUAUAUAAUUUGCUGAAAUCAUCUUUUCUAUAAUGUGAAACCAAUGACGAGAAGUAUAGUAGUAUUGCUAGCUCUCCUCUACAAACCAGACUUGACAGUUUUGUCUUCCUACCUAAGUAGUAUGUAG